AUGAGCAUCUACGCUGAAAUCUUGGAAUAUAUUGUGCAAGGCUCCUACCACACAGUUAAUCAGCUUGAAGUCGUACAGUUUUAUAAGAUACAAGUGGAACGAGCAGGGCAGAGUCAGGCUUCCUUCAUUGAAAGAAACUUCAAUCAAUUUGUUGAACUCAACAAACAGCUUCACUGCUGCUUUCCAGCAUCUGAGUUACCGAGAUUUCCUUACAAACCAUUGAUGGGACUAUUUAAAGAAAGGGAAUUAGCAAGGAAAAGAAAGGAUGAGUUGAAUAUGUAUGUGAAGUAUUUGCUGAAUAGUUCACCUCCUGUUGCAAAGAGUGAUCUUGUCUAUACGUUUUUUCACUGUUUUCCCAAUGAUGAAAGAGCUUCUGGCUUGCCAUCCCCAGAAGCCGUAUCUCACACUGGGAAACUGUCAGCGAGCACACAACUCUGCAUCUCUUGGGAGAGCAGCAAGCUGUCUGUGAUGGUGAAGCAUGUCAAAAACAUUUUUUUACCAGAUGGCUCCACACCAGAUGCCUACGUUAAGAUCUAUCUUUUACCAGAUGCGGAGCGAAGGACCAAAAGGAAAACAAAAGUGGUUCCAAAAAGCAGCAAUCCAACAUAUAAUGAGAUUCUGGAGUACGUUGGGAUAUCAGGCAUUGAUCUAUCAAGUCGUGUCAUCCAGCUGAGUGUGUGGAGCAGACAGACACUCCUGGGAGCAGUAAACAUUCCUCUGAGAACUGUAAAGCUGGAUGAGGAAAAGUGGUACAGAUUGGGAAAUUCCUUAGUCUGACUGGAACAGGCUAAGGCAAGUUAUUACCAUUCAAUGACCGAGCUACCUCUAAUCUGAGAGAGUCAGUCUUCAUAUUCACUGUUUUGUAGCCCUUUGGUAUUUAGCUGGAGGAUAUUUUCUCCUGUGUUAGAUGCUACUUGACAACUGUUUAAAGA